GUGAACACAAAGUGUCAUGUGAUCCGCCAGGUCAGGUCGCGGCCGAGGAGCGCGAGCGGUGUCUCUUGGGCAACGCGCGGUGACGUUCCGUCGCGAGGAGCGGCCGCAGGCUAGUGCGGGUCCCGAGGCGCUCCCUCAACCCCCAGCUGCCGAUCCUUCAGCCCGCUCCUCGGCUCCUGGGACUUCAGGGGGUGUCAACUUGAGAAAAGUAGCUAUGAUUCACUUGAGAGUUAUUGCUGCACAAUGUAAACCACAGAUCAUCAAGAGGUUUGCCCAGAGUAAUGCAGCAGUAUUUCUGAGAAGUCUUUGCAGUUUUUCUGGAACUUCGGAAUCUUCGCUCAAUGGAAGUAAUUCAAAUUACAUUGAGGAAAUGUUUGACGCCUGGCUUGAAGAUCCUAAAAGUGUACAUAAGUCUUGGGAUGCAUAUUUCCAAAAUUCCAACAUGAUUGUAUCAGGAACAUUGUCAGAUAGUCCAUCCCCAAAGGGAAGCCUUCAAUCUCAUCAAGCCUCCACAAAAGUUGAGAAACUGAUUGAAGAUCAUCUAGCUGUACAGUCAUUGAUUCGAGCGUAUCAGAUCCGUGGGCAUCAUGUGGCUCAGCUAGAUCCAUUGGGAAUCCUAGAUGCAGACCUGGACUCGUGUAUUCCAAUUGAUUUAAUCACUUCCUUGGAUAAACUUGGGUUUUAUGGACUGCAUGAAUCUGAUUUGGAUAAAGUUUUUCGACUUCCUACCACAACCUUCAUUGGGGGAAAUGAGGAUUCAGUCUCAUUGCGUGAAAUCAUAAGAAGAUUAGAGGAGACCUACUGCAGGCACAUUGGCUUGGAGUUCAUGUUUAUAAAUGACGUAGAACAGUGCCAAUGGAUCAGACAGAAGUUUGAGACUCCAAAUAUUUUGCAGUUCACUAACAAGGAGAAAAGAAGACUCUUGGCUCGUUUGAUCCGUUCAACAAGGUUUGAAGAGUUUCUUGCAAGGAAAUGGUCGUCUGAGAAGCGGUUUGGUGUGGAAGGAUGUGAGGUGUUAAUUCCAGCCUUAAAGACCAUCAUUGACGUGUCUAUUUCCAUGGGAGUAGACAACGUGAUCAUGGGAAUGCCACACAGAGGCCGGUUAAAUGUGUUGGCUAAUGUCAUCCGGAAGGAUUUGGAACAGAUUUUCUGCCAAUUUGACCCAAAAUUAGAAGCUUCAGAGGAGGGUUCAGGAGAUGUUAAGUACCACCUUGGUGUAUAUCAGGAAAGAGUCAAUCGAGCAACUAACAAACAUAUAAGUAUGUCACUAGUGGCAAAUCCUUCGCAUUUGGAAGCAGUCAAUCCAGUGGUACAGGGUAAAACCAAAGCAGAGCAGUUUUAUCGCGGAGAUACCACAGGCAAAAAGGUGAUGUCCAUCCUUCUACAUGGUGAUGCUGCUUUUGCUGGCCAGGGCAUUGUGUAUGAGACAUUUCAUCUUAGUGAUCUGCCGUCGUAUACCACACACGGUACAAUCCAUGUAGUUGUAAACAACCAGAUUGGGUUUACCACCGAUCCUCGUGUGGCUCGUUCAUCUCCUUACCCUACUGACGUUGCUCGUGUUGUGAAUGCACCGAUCUUUCAUGUAAAUGCUGAUGACCCAGAAGCAGUGAACUAUGUGUGCAAAGUGGCUGCAGAGUGGAGGAGCACAUUCAAUAAGGAUGUUGUAAUCGAUCUGGUGUGCUAUCGGAAAAGAGGGCACAAUGAAGUGGAUGAGCCCAUGUUUACACAGCCUCUCAUGUACAAACAGAUCCACCGGCAAGUGUCUGUUCUCAAGAAGUAUGCGGAUAAACUAAUAUCAGAAGGGGUUCUGACACUACAGGAGUAUGAGGAAGACGUUGCAGAUUAUGACAGGAUUUGUGAAGAAGCUUAUACCAGAGCAAAAGAUGAAAAAAUUCUUCAAAUUAAAGAGUGGCUAGAUUCCCCUUGGCCAGGUUUCUUCACUCUGACUGGCGAGCCGAAAAGUAUGACUUGUCCUCCAACUGGCCUUUCCCUGGACGUUCUGGAGCAUAUUGGGAAUGUAGCCAGUUCAGUGCCAGUCAAAAAUUUUAUUAUUCAUAGAGGUUUGUCUCGCAUUUUGAAUGGACGAGCAGAAAUGAUCAAAAAUCAAGUGGUUGAUUGGGCCCUGGCAGAGUACAUGGCAUUUGGUUCUUUACUGAAAGAAGGAAUUCAUGUUAGACUUAGUGGACAAGAUGUUGAACGAGGUACCUUCAGCCAUCGCCAUCAUGUUUUACAUGAUCAAGAGGUAGAUAAGAAGACUUGUGUGCCCAUGAACCAUUUGUGGCCAAACCAAGCUCCAUACACAGUUUGUAACAGUUCACUUUCUGAAUUUGGUGUCUUGGGCUUUGAGCUUGGGUUUGCAAUGGCAAGUCCGAACGCUUUAGUCUGUUGGGAGGCUCAAUUUGGUGAUUUUGGCAACACUGCACAGUGCAUUCUGGAUCAGUUUGUGAGCUCAGGCCAAGCAAAAUGGGUCAGAAAUAAUGGAAUUGUGCUCCUACUACCCCACGGAAUGGAGGGGAUGACUCCAGCAGCGUCUGGACUGGGAUCCACAGCUUUUAGGAAUGUAUUAGGUACAGAGGAGAUGGCAGGGGGUCCAGAACACUCUUCAGCCAGACCAGAACGUUUCUUGCAAAUGAGCAAUGAAGAUUCUGAUGUAUAUCCUGGUUAUACAGAAGAGUUUGAAGUAAAGCAGCUGUUCGAUUGCAAUUGGAUUGUAGUAAACUGCUCCACACCAGCAAGCUACUUCCAUGUGCUGAGAAGACAGAUCCUACUACCAUUUAGGAAACCGUUGAUCAUCUUCACACCAAAAUCUUUGCUCAGACACCCAGAUGCCAAGUCACACUUUGAUGAAAUGGUAACAGGUACAACAUUCCAACGAAUCAUUCCUGACAUAGAGCUCGCAGCACAGAAUCCAAAUGAAGUGAAGAGACUGAUUUUCUGCACAGGCAAAGUUUAUUAUGAGCUUGCAAAAGAGAGGAUGAACAGAAAUUUGGAAGAUAAAGUGGCAAUCAUCAGACUAGAGCAGUUGUCCCCAUUCCCAUAUGACCUAUUGAAAAAGGAAAUUGACAGAUAUCCUGGCGCUGAAAUUGUCUGGUGCCAAGAAGAACACAAAAACAUGGGGUACUACAACUAUGUGAAGCCUCGAUUCAAGACGUUGUCACAGUAUGAAAAAUCAGUUCGGUAUGUUGGUCGUGAACCUGCAGCUGCACCUGCCACAGGUAACAAGAAUACACAUCUUGGAGAGCUACAGCAAAUCAUGGACAACUCUUUCAAUCUCAAAGCAUCUGGGGAUAUGUUUUAGAUCAAUUGAAAAAAGUGGCCAAAUGAUAGGUUUUAUUUCAGGGAAAUUAUACCUUACUCUGCUGUAAAAAUUAUACAGCAAGUAAUUACUGUUGAUUUGUAUUGUCUUUAAUGCUGUUAUUCAUAUAAAUGUUAACAUCUUCAUUUAUCGAUUUUAUUUUGUUACUUGGGAUUUAAAACACUGCUUUAUAUGCAAAUUGAGGACUAGGCAGGAUGUAUUCUUCAGUCAGUUUAUCUAUUAUAGUUAGCAUUUUGGGGCUGGCUUAAGUAACAGACCAUAUUAAUAUUAGCACUAUGCUUCGUUGUAAAAGAAUCUUUAAUUAUACAUGCAACAUUUGAACUUUGCCCAUACAGAAAGCAACAUUGUGUGCCACAUUGCUGAUAAUUACAGAAUAUUAUUAUCAGUAUCAUAAUAAUGGGAUACUUUCCUAAGACUAUGGAGGCUGCAAAUAAUUAUUUUAAAAUGUAACAUCUUGCAUAUACUGCAUAAUUAGUAGAUUGACGUAAUUACGUCUUUUUUUGUGGAAGAAUUAGUAUCUUGGAGUAUGAGACUGCGAGUGCCAUCUAUCAUCAAUGCAAGCACAAUUAUUCAGGGAGGGGUAAGAGUUUAUUUUUAAAAAAAGUCAGGCAAGGGAAUUGCCAUCAAAUCACUAUACAGAAUCAUUCCAUACAGUAGUUUUCUUUAAACACUUACCUCUCCCUCUUAAUAGAGAAAUAGGGACCAGUGAAACACCUUCAAUAGAUAAUAGACUACUGUAUGUAAUUGUGAAUUCAGUUCAUUCUAUUAGCAAAAUUGACCUGAUGUAUGCUAGCUUUCAUGUAUACCAGCAUAAAUGUAUUUAUUGGAGAGGCGCUAACUAUCCCUUGUUAAUGUACAAAAACGUUAUGUCAUUAUUCAAACUUGGAAACUUGGUUGAGCCUGUUAUUUUCUAAAUGAGAAGUUUUUAGUUUCUAAAUUUAAGAACAAAAUGAUGUCUGUUUUGGGUUUGUAGAUCUUGCACCUACAGAAGAAUAUGAUCACAGUUAGUUCUAUGUAAUUGGUUACCGCUGCAGCAGCAGAGAUAGGUGAAGGUUAAUUGGUUGGGGAGUGGCUGCAAAACUUUAUCCUGACCUAUCACAGCAUGGGGCUGAAAAUGUAAUCUCACAGUACACAUAAGGAUUGGAAUACAAGUCUGGAUAUUUUAAUUUCCAAUGUCACCCUCAACUAACAUUGACUAAUCUCGAACACCAAAAUAAUUGUUUAAGCUGCUGCAGAGCACUUACAGUAAUGAGUUGCUUCAUCUUAUGAGAAAGGUCCAAAAUAGAAAUUUGACGGAAAAGUUAUCCAAAGUGUUAAUGCAGUGUUUGCUUCUCGUGAUAUGGAGAUGAUUCAAUCCGGGUGACACUUUCUGAAAAUUAGCACUUUUCUAUAUCAGUUAACAUUGUAGUCUUGAAUGCAAUGCAAAAUAAAAAUGAAUUUAGAUUGUGUACUAUAUCCUUUGUUUGCUAAUUUUAGCAAAAGGUUGAUGUAAAUAGUGAUUUUAAUGGUUUAAAAAGGAAACUUGUGUGAAUACAAGUUGGUAAAGAUAUGUCAAAGAUUCCAUUGAGGCUCUUCAAUGUAUGAAUGGCAAGUGAGAGUUAAGACCAAAUAUGCAUGUGUAGGUGACAAAGAAACAACUGAUAGGCAUUUUUACACUAAAAGAUUAAUACAGCCACAUAGGGUGUGCAGUAUAUUUCCACUGUUGUUGAGGAAAUGGACAAUUUAAAAACUGUUUUUCUGCUGAUUGUUUAUACACAUAGAGCCAGCUGUUCAAAUUGUGAUUAUUCAGCUAUGAGGUCUGUCUGUAUCAAGCUAUUGGUCAACCCUUGUGCAUUAAAGUCUGUUUUUGUUUAAUAA